AUGGCACCAACAAGCAACCAAAACGAUGAAAGUCAGGCCAAUACAAUUCUGUUUAACGUUAGUAAACGAGAACUUUUCUCACCUACUAAUGGCUUUAAGAUUAUACACCGAAGUUAUAAGGACGAAUUGAACUUUAACAAGAUCAAUCAAUCUAAAGUAAUAAUAUUUGCUGGCCCAAGAGAUAAAUUUACUGCGUCUGAAUUCGAUGCCAUUAGAAACUAUAUUGAUCAAGGUGGUAGUGUUCUUGUCAUGCUUGGUGAAGGCGGUGAAUCGAAUUUCGAUACAAAUAUCAACUUCUUGUUGGAAGAUUAUGGCAUCAUGGUUAAUAAUGAUACGGUUGUGAGAACCUCCUAUUAUAAAUACUUUCAUCCUAAGGAAGUAUUUAUUUCCAAUGGUGUUUUAAACAGAGAGAUCAAUCGAGCAGCCGGUAAAAUAAUACCUGGAAGCAAUACUGAUGAUGAAAGCGUUACUAGUUCACCAUCAAUAGCCUACGUUUACCCUUUUGGUGCAACCUUAGCUGUUGGUAAACCGGCCAUCGCUGUAUUAUCGACAGGCAGUACUUCAUUUCCGUUGAAUCGUCCAGUUUGUGCUUUUCACUCGUCCAAGAAAUCUAAGGGAAAGUUAGCGGUUAUUGGUUCUGUCCAUAUCUUUUCAGAUACCUACAUUGAUAAAGAAGAGAAUUCUAAAUUUUGGGAUAUUCUAUUGCGUUGGCUUACCACAGAUGAAAUUAAGCUAAAUAAUAUCGAUGCGGAAGAUCCUGAAUUAACAGACUAUCACGCAUUGCCUGAUAUUACAAAGCUAUCAGAAAAACUGCGUGUAUGCUUACAGGAAAGCGAUGAGAUUCCUCGUGAUAUCUCACAAAUGUUUGACCACUCUUUAUUUCAAUUCGAUACAACCACUGUUCCAGAUGCUGUUAGAGCAUACACUGAACUGAGUGUUAAACACGAACCUUUAACCUUGAUUACACCUCAAUUUGAAACGCCAUUGCCGCCCCUUCGGCCAGCGGUCUUUCCGCCUCAAUUUCGUGAACUACCACCACCAUCAUUAGAUUUAUUCGAUUUAGAUGAUUACUUCUCAUCAGAACGCGUCCGAUUGGCACAAAUUACAAAUAAAUGUAAUGACAACGAUUUGGAAUAUUACAUUCGUGAAUGCGGUGAUAUUUUAGGUGUAACCAAAAUGUUACCUCCACAAUCCAGAGAUGCAAAGCGUGUUCUAGAAUAUGUAUUCAGUAAAGUAGUUGAGUUUAAGAAGCUAAAUCAGGAGGAUGCUCCCAUAGCGACUAACUUGGAGGAUCCGGAAUAA